AUGGCGAAUAUUGAGCUGAUGCAGUUUGGUGGUAGAAUAAUAGUAGAAACCACAUAUGCACUGAAGGGAACUGCGCGCGACAGCGACAGGCAGGUUGACCGCUUUGACGCAAUCUCCACCGCUGCAGCAAUACGUGACUGCUCGACGCGCGCGUCCCAUCCGCCCCGCUGCAUGCUGUACCAGGACAAGGAGCUGGACGCGGUCAUCUCCACCAACGGCAGGCUCCUGCACACCAACCACCUCACUUUCUUCGACCGGGCGGCGAUCGUGACGCCGGCAGACACAACGGGCUCCGGCAAGCUAGACAUGUGGCGUCUGUCGACGGUACACCGUGUGGAGGAGCUCAAGUCACUCAUCCGCAUGUUGCCCAUCUGGUCGGCUGGUAUCCUGCUCGUCACCGCCGGCUCGCACAACAACAGCUUCGCCAUCAUGCAGGCGCGCACCAUGGACCGCCACAUGACCCAGCAUUUCCAGAUCCCCCCGGCAACCAUGUCCAUUUUCAGCACCGUGGCGAUGCUCGUCACCCUGGUUCUCUACGACCGGGCCUUCGUGCCAAUCGCGCGCCGCUUCACGGGCCUUCCGUCCGGGAUCAACUAUUUCCAGCGCAUGGCCGUUGGCCUCGCAAUCUCCAUCCUCGGUGUCGCCUCGGCGGCGCUCGUUGAGGCCAAACGCCGGGGCUCCGCUGCCGAUCACGGGCUACUGGACACACCAGCAACCAUGGUGCCGAUGAGCGUGUUCUGGCUGGUGCCGCAGUACGCCAUCCACGGUGUGGCGGAUGGGUUCUCCUCGGUUGCGCACAUGGAGUUCCUGUACGACCAGGCGCCGGAGAGCAUGCGCAGCACCGCCGCCGCGCUCUUCUGGCUUUCCGCCUCCCUCGGCAGCUACAUGGGCACCGUGCUCGUCACGGCGGUGCAAAGCGCCACACGGAGAAGCGGCGACUGGCUGCAGGACAAUAUCAACAGGGGCAAGCUGGACGCCUACUACUGGCUCGUCACCUGCCUCAUGCUGCUCAACCUUGGCUACUACCUCAUAUGCUUCCGUUUCUACACCAUGAAGCCAUUAGAGAUGGCGGUGGACGAUGACCACGAGAAGGAGCUCGAGCUGUCCUCUGUCCACAAAAAUGGCGGCGGCGGCGCUGUAUAAGAUCGAGCCUAGACGGUGGAGGGUAUAGACGUAUAGUAAUAAUAGUAAUUACAUCGAAUGUAUUCAGUAGCUAGUUAAUCAGCUGCACAUGCGUGCACAACUGUUGCAACAUCCAAAUGUUCUUGGAGCUAGCUAGCAUAGUAAGCAUCCCGGCCGUGACAAGGGCCAAUUGUGAAGGCCAUGUUGCAAGGUCAUGCCGCGGAAAAAGGAAGAUCGUGCAGCAAAAAAGCAGCCCUGAUAGAUAAUUUAUCCUUGCCAUGCCUGCAUCAUCUUUGCUCUUUUGCAGCAUGUUUCGAUUUGCUCU